CGAUUAAUGAGAUGGGUGGACUCUUUGUAAGGCUUGGGUAAUCCUCCUUUCUUUGAGCUAACUUUUGAGGUGUGAGUUAGACCUAAGAACUAAUUUCAAUUGAAUCUGGCAUAAAUGGGAAAAGAAAUGGUAUGCCUAACAUUAGAGGAAGAAAGAAGAAGAAUAAGUGAUCUUAUUGAUGAUUUCUUGAAUGGUUUGAAGAAAAUAAAGAAUGAAUUCAUUGCUUCAAAAUGGGAUGACAUUGAAAUGCUAAGAAUGGAAUUGAGAUUCCUAAGAACAUUUGUCCUGUUUGGGAAUUGGAAUUUGGAUGACUUUUACUAGAGGAUGUUACUGAAUAUACGUAAGUUCGAUGAUCUAACAGAUACAAUUUUCAAUGAAGAUGAAUUUAUCGUAGCCAAAUACAACAUGGACAGUCUUCCGUCUUACCUGCGGAAAGAAAUCAACAGUUAUUUGAGAUUGAAGAAUGUAAACAUCAUAACUGAGGAGAAUAUGUUUGAAUAUACGGACAGCCUCAUCAAGAACCUUCAUGAUCUACCAAAGUAUUGUUCUUAUUUGCUUCUACCCCUCAUGAGUUAAUACAAGAUUCUUCGGCAAGUAUGCACACAUCUCAGAGAUUUCUAUGAAUUGGAAUGCAUAGCUGCCAACAGAACAACAACAGAAUUUCUCUAUGCUUGGUACCGAAUGACAGUUGAUAGAGUAACACAAUUCUGUUUUGAUCUUUGGACCGGAAAGUACAAAAACUAUGGAUAUGAGUAUGCCGUCUCUGAAUGCUCUUCCAAGAUCACUUCUCUACUCAUCGACAUAAUCCCUCUUGAGUUGGAGGUUCUAUACAUUUCUACUUCUAAGCUCAUCAAAGAAUCAACGUCAAAAGAACUAGAAGGAUUGGUUAAGCAAAUCCUAAAAGCAUCUCCAAGGAUUCUUCAAAAUUAUCUCAUUCAUCUCCAACGGCGCAUGGAAGUUGCAGUAGAUGUAAAUUACGCUCCAACUCAAAGCAUUAAUGUCAUGAUGGAGUUCCUAUUGAUCUUUCUCACUGAUAUGCCAAAGCGGUUUAUCCAUCGUGAAAAAUUGAACGAUAUGUUGGCACAUGCUGGAAUGCUUACCAGAAAAAUAUCUUUUCUGGUGAGUAAGCUGUUGGAGGAGAUCUCUGAGGAUAAUAUCAAUGAAGCGGACUUUUCAGCUCCAGACUUUUUGCAAGAAAUUGAACAAAUGAAGGGAGAUAUCAGACAGAUUUUUUUAAAAGCUCCCGAGUCAUCUCAACUUCGUUUUCCUAUGGAUGAUGGUUUCCUCUUCAUGAAUCUUCUGCUCAGACAUUUAAAUGAUUUGCUCAUUGCCAAUGUCUCUUCAGUUACUCUGAUAAAGAAAGAAAUUGGGAUGGUGAAAGAAAUCCUUGAAUUCCUAACAUCAUCUUUCGGGAAAGUCAGGAAAACGUUGGAUGGCACUAGUGGAGUAGUUAAAGAUUGUUGGUUACAUGCUUUGGAUGUGGCAUAUGAGGCAGAGCAUGUCAUUAAUUCCAUUCUUGUCAGAGAUAAAACUCUCUUGCAUUUAAUCUUCUCACUUCCGAAUGUCACUGAUAAGAUCAUGCUUAUCGUGGCAGAAGUCACCAGUUUAGGGCUGGAGGAUAAGAAUGGGGAUGAACCCCUUGAUGCAAAGUCUUCCCAUGAGUCAAUUGUGUUAACCUCAUCAUCUUUUGUUGAGGUAACAGUAGGUCAUGAGGAAGAAGAAGCCUGGAUCAUUGGCCAGCUCCUUGAUGAACAUGAAUCCGAACUUGAUGUCAUUUCCAUUGUUGGAAUGCCAGGAGUCGGUAAAACUACUCUUGCCAAUAAAGUGUAUAACAAUACAUUAGUUGCUAGUCAUUUCAAUGUUCGUGCUAAGUGCACUGUUUCCCAAAAGUAUAACAAGUCAAAGGUGUUGCAGGAGAUUCUUCAGCAAGUUACUGGCUCGAGAGGAAAAGAAAGUGAAGAUGACCUUGCUGAAAUGCUACGAGUAGCACUGUACGAUAAAAGGUACCUCAUCGUUUUGGAUGAUAUGUGGGAUAUUGCAACAGGGGAGAUGUUAAUGGCAUGUUUUCCAAAGGUUAAGAGAGGAAAUAGAAUCAUCUUAACCAGCCGAAGUAGUAAGGUAGGUUUGCAAGUCAAAUGUCAUAGUGAUCCUCUCCGCCUUCAACUUUUAACACCUGAAAAAAGUUGGGAUUUAUUCGUAAAAAAGGUAUUUGGAGAUGAAGGAAGCUGCCCUGCUGAACUGUCAAAAGUUGGUUACCAAAUAGUUGAGAAAUGUAAGGGUCUUCCCUUGGCUAUUGUUUUAAUUGCUGGAGUAAUUGUUAGAAGGAAGAAAAAGGAAAAGGAUUUUUGGCUUAAGAUACUGCAUAAUCUGGAUUCCUUUAUUUCUACCAACAUCAAUUUGGUUAUGCAAUUAAGUUAUGACCAUUUACCAUGCCACCUGAAGCCGCUGCUGCUUUACUUUGCAACAACUCAAAAGAGCCAACGAACUCCAGUCUCUACAUUGAUGCAGUUGUGGAUGGCCGAAGGGUUUGUGGAUCAUGAUAGUUUAGAGGAAGUAACUCAAAGUUACUUGGAUGCUUUAAUUUCCAGUAACCUGAUAAUGGUGGAUCAUAUCCCCUCCGAGAGUAUUUGGUGGACGUCUACAAUGAUCAAGGUUUGCUAUAUGCAUGAUGUUGUGCAUGAUUUUUGCUCAGUAAAAGCGGAAAAGGAAAAGUUUUUCAAGUUAAUCAAUUCAGGUGAUCCAUUUCAUGCUUCGGAUUUGCUACAACAUCGUCUAACCAUUUAUGCUGAUUAUGAGGGCGAGCUCUGCAAUAAAUGUGUUUUGUGCAAGUUUAUUAAGUGUUCAGCUGCUAGUAAGUAUCUCUUAUCUUUGAGCGUGAGGAGUUCUCUCUAUGAAUACAGGUAUAUCCAUCACACUAGACAGUUGAGACUUCUUAGAGUGUUACAACUGGAUGACUUUAUUUUCUUUGAAGAUUCUUUAAUGAAAGAAAUAGGGUCCCUAUUUCAUUUGAGGUUCUUGAGCAUUAAGACUGAUAUGAAAGCCAUCCCAGAGUCGUGGGUGAACCUCCAGAAUCUGGAAACUCUGUUGAUCAAUACACAUUAUUCCACCAUGGUAUUACUGCCUAGAAUAUUGCAACUGUCAAAGCUGAAAUAUGCAAGCGUUGGCCUGAGUUCUUUCUUUGAUGAAGAGGACAAUAUCCAAAGCAGAAUAUUGGAAGGUGAGAAUUCAAAGCUGAAAACUUUAUCCAAUGUUUAUAUCUCAUAUUCCCAAGGCACGAAUGAUGCUUUAGAGAAGUUCCCAAAUCUUGAGCACCUUGAUUGCACCAUCAUGGUACCCGAGUGUCCUCCAACACACGGCGAUUGGUUUCCCAGGUUUGAUGUCCUUAAUAAACUUCAAUCGCUCUCUUUAAAAUACCACAAACCACAGUAUUAUUUUUGUAAUCCCAUUGAAUAUCACUUCCCUACCGGCUUGAAAGAGUUGCGGUUGUUUGAUAUUCCCGUGAGACCUGUUUUAUUGUCAGCAAUUGUGGCAUUGCCUCAACUUGAAAUUCUGGAGAUUAACUGCUGUGAUUUCGUGGAGGAUAAGUGGGAUGCAAGUGAGGACAUCUAUCAAAGUCUUAAGACUUUGCGUUUGGCAUGUCCCGAAUUAUCAGAAUGGGAAGUUGAUAGGGAAACUUUUCCCAAGCUUGAGGAAUUAAUACUAGCACAUUGUGAGGACCUUACGGAGAUCCCUUGUGCAUUUGGGGAUAUAGACUCUUUAAAAUCCAUUCGGUUUGUUAAAAGUGAGCUUGAGCUUGGAGAUUCAGCCAUGAAGAUAAAGAAAGAUGUAAUGGAUUUCACAGGAGAGGACAGACUUCAUGUCCAUAUAUAAUCUAUGUAUCUUCCCUGAGCUGACGAAGAAGAGUUAAGCCUCGAAAUUUAGGCAUUGCAGAUGGCUUGUAGGACAGGGAGACGGUACACAAGGCGAGGUGAUUUGAACUUGGUUUAGAGAUUGUUGGGUAAUGUCAACAUCAUGCUAAUGGAAAGGCCACGAGAGUCUGGAGUGGCCCUUGCUUGGUGGAGUUAGUUAAGAAAUAAAGUUACGUAUUUGCUAUCUGCAGCUAUAACUCUUCUUUCUCAUUUGCUUUUUUAUUUUGUCUACAAUGUUAUAGUAGAUGUUGGGAUAACUCUAUGUUUUUUCAUUGUUAAAACAGUUUUAUGGUCCUUUUCAAAGAUCAUUACCAGUUUACUUAAUAUGCAAUAUCAUACAAAAUUAUAGUGCUA